ACAAAUUCACACGGCCGCUCGUUUAAUCAAAAGUUCUUCAGGUUCUAUCGCCCUUUACUCUGCAUCACUGGAAACUUUUUCUUGGUGCGGAUGAAAGAGAUGGAAGUCAUACACAUAGAAACAAGUCAUAAAGAGUUGGAAGAAGAAGGAUUCAAGUGUCGAAGGGUUCGAUGGUCAGUGGCUCUGGAAGAAGUACGCUAUUUUGUACCCUUGCCGCAGCACACAGAAAGUCGCUGGAAGAGAAAAAUGAAGAAUUUGAAAGAAAAAGCUUUAGACCUCAAGCAUAAGCCAUCAAUUUUAUUUUGGGACUUGCAUGAUAGCGACACAGCUCAUAUAAUUCAGAACGGACUGAAAUCUUUGGCGAGAAAGAUAAACGGUCGAUCCGAAUGUAUAGAAUUUGAAGACAUUUAUGACAUUAAUAAGCCGUGGGAUGAACUCUUUGAAUUGUACACCAGUCGUGGGGAACUACCGGAAGAAGUCGAAAUUGCAAGCCUACGGGGCGAAAAUCUCAGCCUGCCAGCCUAGAGGAAACUCUCCUUAUAUAACAAAGCGUGCAUGAGGAACACGACCUUUAAAAUUUCCAAGAGAGAAGUUCCUUCAAUUUACGACCACAUGCAGCAUUUUAAGAAACUAAUAACUGAGAAAGACUCACAGUUAUGUUGACACUGUAUUGUGUUCAGAUAUAAAUUUUACAGAAAGUAUUUCAGUUUUGCCUCGUGAGCGCAGCACGUGAUGACUGAUGCACGAGAAGUGAAAAAAAAAUAAUAAUAAUGAGGAAAGUCGUUUUAACUUCCACAUAGUCAGUACUAGGUUUUAAAGCCGCAAAAUUCCAAAUGCCAGAGCAAAAUAUUGAGUUUGAUCCCCGUCUGAUACGACCACAUGCAGCAAUUUUAACGGAACCUAUAACUGAGAAAGACUCACAGUUAUAUUGACAGUUUAUUGUGUUCAGAAAUGAAUUUUACAGAAAGCACUUUUUGCCUCGUGAGCGCAGCACGUGACUGAAAAAAAACUUAAGAAAGUCGUUUUAAAUCCCACUGGGUCAGUACUAGUGCAAAAUUUCGUACAACAGAGCAAAAUAUUGCGUUUGAUCCCCGUCUGAUGCGAGGCACAAACAAUUAAGUUCACAUAUAGUCGCAAGGAACGAGUAUGAAUGUUUUAUUACUUUUUUAUAUAUACAAUUUCAAUUUUUGCCUAACUGUAGAUUAUUUUCGUCGUGGCAAUAUGUAGUUUUAGCAGUGAGGGAAGAGUUUAUUGACAAACCUUUAUCUCUUUUAUCUUAUCUAUUCGAAUCGCCUUCGAAACAGAGACAACAUCAAAUUAAUGUAUAGCCCAAGUAACCCUAUUGAGAAAUAAUUCUUAAAAACACUUAAAAACUGAAAAGCAGUUUUAAGGCCGUUUGAUUAAUUUUUAGUUGCUUUACCAG